UACCGCAAUACCGGGCUAAACCCCUUUCGGCCGCCUGCUUCGUGAGGUCAAGGUCGAACAUCCAAAAAGACGAAGAAGAAACAUCUUCAACUCGCGGCUCAACGACAUCUUCGUCUGCCUCCUUCGUGCAUGCUGCUCGACCAUCAGAGCUACUCCAUCGACGUCUUCACCUCCGUUCACAGCUUGCUGCUGGCCCGGCAUUGUCCUCCUGCACCGGGACCUCCGAGUUUUCCUCUGUCUGGAGGGCAUUGAGGGGAUCCCUAUCUAACUCCCCCAGCAAAAGACACGCAGCUUUUGCUCCCUGCCGAAGCCAUCUCCCUGCUGGCCUCAGUAAAGAGCGCUUGUCCUACUCCUCUUUGCUGGAUACAGCUCGCGUGGACGUUCUCCUUUUGCGUCGUCUUUUCGCUCGGUCACCGUUUGACUUGCGUGGUUGAGCUACUCGGAGAAUGCAGGGGAGCUGACCACCACAAACUCGCAGUCACUCUUCUUCCCUUUUUUUUUGGCCUCCAAUUUGGAUGUUACUACGAAGUGAAUAAGUUGCCAGGUCUUCCUACCGACAGACUCGGUAGUACUCGAAUCACACCCAAUACGUCAAACCAGAACCCCAGCUUUAUAUCCGAGGGCUAUUUCAUACUUACAUAAGAGGCGUGUGUGCGUGUGAGUGUGUGUGAGAGAAAGAGGCAUAUCUACUAUGGCAGAUCUGGGAGCCCAGCAAGGACGAGGUUACCGGCCUGGAGCCUCUCGUGGCCCUGCUUCUUCUUCCUUCCAGCGAGAUGCUGCAUUCUCAGAAAUUUUCGGAGGAACGCCGCCUCCAGGCAGGUCUCAGACGAUGACAUCGCACUCUCCGCAGUUUAACCAGGAACGCGCCCAUACAAUGACCUCUCACCAGUCAGACCCGUACACCCAAUCUCGGGGGCCGCCUCCUCCUAUGCGACAGUCUCGUGGCGGAUACCCGCCGAAUCCGCAGGCGGGAUAUCAAAAUUCUCAAUGGCAACAACCUAACGGCUCGGGACCUCCCCCACAACAACGCGCACCGCCACCUCCCCAUCAUCAACAACGUCCUAUGCCCCCUCAGAACCCGCAGCAAUACCCUUCUGGUAUGCACCAACGACCUUACGCCGGUCGGCCUCAGUACCCUCACCCCCAACGACUAGACUCCCGCCCAGGACCCAUGCCUCCUCAGUUCCAACAGCAAAAUCCGCACGGACGCCCUUUGCCUCCUCCAGCUCUCAACUCAGAUCAGUAUCGGUCUCGUUCAAUGGCUAGACUAGGAGGGCCUCCUUCAUACCAAUCGCCGCAGUCACAAUUCCCUCCGACCCCUGUCAAUGCUUUCCGCCAGCAAUAUCAUUCUAUGGGUUCUAGAACCGCCCAGGGCCGUAUCGUUCCAGAAAGGCAUGAUAACGAACGAGCCAUGUCAAUGAGUUCUUACUCGGCAGACCGCGACCACGCCCAAACCAUCAGUUCCGGAAGAGUUGUACCAAAUAGAAGACGAGAGUCGGGUCUGGAACGGGAACGGGCUGGAGGUAUGGACCGCCAUUAUUCAGAAUCACCAGUAUCAAUACAACCAACUAUAGAUGAGCCACUGGUUCCCUCGCACUCUGGACAUCAUGCGCUACCCUCACAGCAAGAUCUUCAAUUGCGAGUGCGGCAUCCCAGUGAAAGCUCUGUUAAUUCACGUACUUUAUCCAUGGCAUCAACCAUCGCCCCCGAACGCAACAACAGUUUGCAAAAACCUGUCGCCGCCAAAUCCCCUAAUUCCUCCAUGGCUGGAGCGCCUCCACCAAACAACGUUCACCGCAGAACGCCGCUCGCCUACCCAGCUCUCCUAUCUCGAGUAGCUGCUGUCUUUAGGGAGCGCAUUGCUGUUGGUGAGCGCAUUAAAAAUGACCUAGCCUACACUAACGCCUUUACCGGCGCAGAGGCUGUUGACUUGAUAUCCUACAUUAUUAAGACAACAGACCGCAACCUAGCUCUCCUUCUUGGUCGGGCUCUUGAUGCUCAAAAACUCUUCCAUGAUGUCACGUAUGACCAUCGAUUACGAGAUGCUCCAGGUGAACUCUACCAGUUUAGGGAAACCCUAGGUGAAGAGUCACCUGUCAAUGAUGUCAACGGAGUAUUUACGCUCUUGACAGAGUGUUAUUCUCCUACUUGUACCAGGGACCAACUCUGUUAUUCAAUUGCUUGCCCGCGACGGUUGGAGCAACAAGCAAGAUUGAACCUCAAGCCCCAACCGGGACUGAGACCAUCUGCCUCCAAGGGAAGUCUUCAUGACCAUGAGGACAAUGACGAUCAGAAGCUUUGGAUCAACAUGGUGCCCAAGGAAGUAGCUGACAGUCUUGAGGACCGUGAGAAGAAGCGACAAGAAAUCAUCUUCGAGAUGAUGUACACCGAACGUGACUUCGUUAAGGACUUGGAAUACUUGAGAGACUUCUGGAUGCGCCCUCUACGAUCCCCCAACAACCCUAGCCUUUCCCCGAUCCCUGAGCAUCGACGAGAGAAGUUUAUCCGAACUGUGUUUGGUAACUGUCUGGAAGUUUUGAGCGUCAACUCCAAAUUAAGUGAAGCCCUCAACGCGCGACAAAAGGAAACCCCAGUUGUGAAAACCAUCGGUGAUAUAUUCCUUCAAUUCGUCCCUCGAUUCGAUCCCUUCAUUAGAUACGGUGCAAACCAGCUUCACGGAAAGUAUGAAUUUGAAAAGGAGAGAUCCUCGAACCCUGCGUUUGCCAAAUUUGUUGAAGAGACAGAGCGCCUGAAGGAGUCUCGAAAACUCGAACUGAACGGUUACCUUACCAAGCCUACCACUCGAUUGGCGAGAUAUCCACUUCUUCUCGAAGGUGUGGCUAAAUACACUGCCGACGAUAGCCCAGAUAAGGAGGAUAUCCCCAAGGCCAUUGUCCUUAUCCGAGACUUCCUUUCUCGGGUGAACACAGAGAGUGGAAAAGCAGAGAACCACUUCAACCUUGUGCAACUGAACUCUGCUUUGAAAUUUACCCCGGGAGAUUACGUUGAUCUGAAGCUCACUGAGGAGAACCGAGUGAUGUUGAUCAAGAUGGCAUUCAAGAAGGGUCCGACCGACUCGGCAGAAGUUACAGCCUACCUGUUUGAUCACUCUGUCCUACUUGUCCGCAUAAAACCUGUGAAUAAACGAGAAGAGUAUAGGGUAUAUCGGAAGCCUAUCCCGCUUGAGCUUCUUGUCAUCACCCAAAUGGAAGAAGUGUUGCCUAAACUUGGCAUUCAUAAACGCCCUACUGCCGGUGGCCUGAUUCCAGGAACCAGAACAGCCAGUACGACUCCAGCUUCGUCCAAGGAGGGCCUGCCUGUUACCUUCCGUCACUUAGGUAAAGGGGGUUAUGAGAUAACUCUACACGCAACCUCCCAGACUCAGCGGAAACGGUUCAUUGAACUGGUCGAAGAGCAACAGAGAAAACUGCGGGAGCGAAAUAGUAACUUCUAUUCCAAGACUAUCCUUUGCGAGGGCUUCUUCAGUGCAGUCAAUAGGAUCAAUUGUUUGGUUCCAAUUGAUGGUGGUCGCAAGCUUGUAUAUGGAACAGAUAAUGGUAUCUAUGUGUCUGAACGUUGGCCAAAGGAUAAACCCGCAACUCCAAAGCGUGUCCUUGAAGCCAAUGCGGUAACCCAGAUUGAUACCUUGGAAGAAUACCAGCUGCUGCUUGUACUUGCCAACAAGACACUUAGCUCAUACCCACUUGAGGCUUUAGAUACAAGCGAUAACCAGAGCGCCAUGGUGCGGCGGCCCAAGAAGAUUCAGGGUCACGCUAAUUUCUUCAAAUCCGGCAUUGGUCUCGGAAGACACCUGGUGUGCUCCGUGAAGACCUCGACUCUAUCAACAACCAUAAAAGUCUUCGAGCCUAUGGAGAAUUUGGCCAAGGGCAAGAAGAAACCUCUCAGCAAGAUGUUCCAGUCCGGUCAGGAUGCUUUGAAACCCUUCAAGGAAUUCUACAUCCCUGCUGAAUCAUCUUCGGUUCAUUUCUUACGCUCAACUCUCUGUGUCGGUUGCUCUCGUGGCUUUGAAGUGGUCAGUCUAGAAACCACUGAGAGACAAUCCCUUCUCGACCAAGCAGACACCUCACUGGAUUUUGUUGCAAGAAAAGAAAACGUGAAGCCCAUCCACAUUGAACGACUAAAUGGAGAAUUCUUACUCAACUACUCUGACUUCUCUUUCUUCGUCAACCGUAACGGAUGGCGAGCCCGUCCAGACUGGCGAAUUGCCUGGGAAGGCAACCCUACUGCCUUCGCCCUAUCUUAUCCAUACAUCCUAGCAUUUGAGCCCAGCUUCAUUGAAAUUCGGCAUCUUGAAACCAGCGAAUUGGUUCACGUUAUGACAGGACGGAAUAUUCGUAUGCUGCAUUCUUCUACUCGAGAGAUAAUCUAUGCAUACGAAGAUGAAAACGGAGAAGAUGUCGUCACCAGCCUUGACUUUUGGAACAAACCAGCAUAAACGAGUAAAACAGGAUUGCAAAUUCACCAAGGAAUAACGAAAAACAACAAAUAAUCAACACCAUGGGAGUAACGGGAUAUCUUCGUCCAGCUUCUUUCCAUCUUUUUGGGAGCAUUUGAAGCUACUUACUGCCUUUUCUUCAACUUGUCCUAUACGGCGUUCAAAUUUUCCAAAUCCUCGAGCGUUUAUGCACCUGCCUUCUAAUUCUUAGCCGACCCAUUCUCACCCAUGAGCAGAAUGGGCAUAAUGCCUGAUGUCACUCCUCCGUUCGCACCUCCUCCCUCCUGUUUCUGAUGAUGAUGCCACCUUUCUUAACCACGACAAAAUCCAAAACCAUACCAUAUCCCUCCUGCUACCUCGAUGAAAAAGCCUUUCCCAUCCAUGUCUCUGACCUUCUAUACCAUGUCCCCUAACCUCCUAACCACUACUACCUCCAGGCGUCCACCAACGACUAAUUCAUCCCAACUACAUACAUAGGUUAACUUAUCAACCUGGUACCGUCUUCCUCUCUUCCACUGUAUUUUUCUUCCUCUCCAUCCCGCUUCAUUCUCACGUCUUCGACUUUCUUCUAUCUUUGAAAUAUUUUAAUUACAUAUCUACCUACUUUCCCCCUCUUCUUCUCUUGAUUUCUUUUAUGUUAGUGCCUUUUAUUCUCUUUACUUUUCUCCUUUUCUUCACUUCACUUCUCUUCACAUACGGAAUGAUUCGCGAAUGUUCUCAUAAGGCUCGUCAUGCAACUCUUGAGAUACCCCCUCUCUUCUGGCAAGCAGUCGAUCAAUCAAUCAAACUAGCAAGUUGUGGAUAGGAUUUUGAUGCUCUCCCUAUCAUGUCUGUUUCCUCAUUGUCCGUAGCUUCCUUGCUUCUACCUACGUAUGUUAAUUAGAUUGUAUAGAUUAGCUACUUAGUUUGUUAUCAUGUUUUCGAUGUUUCACUUUGCUUCUUUGCUGCUCAGCUUUGCGACGUAGGACAUGAAUCGUGGCAACGGGAUUCGGACCAACAGUAACAAACGACAACGGGUUCAAACUGCCGUUAGAGUCGCACAUAAAAAGCCAUGUUUAGAAUCCAGCUGAAACGACACGGAUCGAUAUUGGAAGCGAAACGGGCUUCCUCAUGCGUGGGA